AAUGAGCCACAGCUGCUCGUUAUCAUCCUCUUACAGCGGUCAGCCCUUCUCCUGUGUGCAUCCUGCAACAACUCUCAGGAGGUUUCUGUGUUAGCCUCUCUCACUCUAUCCCAUGCUCAGUCAUUACCUGGAGACCAACUAGUCUCUCUGAGCCCCUCGCUGUCAGAGUCUGAUAGCAGCUCCAAAGGCUCCUGCCGAGCCACAACAGUUCACCAUCCCGAUCCUACAAGUUGAAAUACUAAAAAGAGCAAGAGAUGAUGGAUACAUAUAGAAUACUUAAGAUAGCAAUUGCUGCAAAGUACAUUCAUCCAGACAAUACACUGUUCACCAAGCAGUUACGGAAUGUUUUUUAAAAAAACUAUAAAAAUAUAUUUUUUUUAAAUCUACACCAAUAGGGACAAAUUAUAUUUAUCAGCCAUGGAUUUGUGAUUUUGGGACGGAAUGAAGUGGGAGACUAAGACAAGGAACAGAAAAAUUUGGAAGAGCUUAUGGCUUUGCUAGCUACCGCAAGAGUUCAUUGCAAUGAAUGUGACUUCUUUUUUUUUCUCUUGGAGAUGUCUGAUGCAUAGAACCAAAGCCCCAGAAGGCAAGAAAGAACAAUGGGUAUGGUUCCAAGUAUACAAAUAAUAAUAUUUUUACCAUGGAUUUUUAAGAAGCUUCAGCAACCUACUGGGACCACUCAUAAACUCUGCUUAUGACGCACACAUAGUUUGUGCAAAGGAUAUGCUGGCUAGGAAAUUCUGGCCUCAAAAUCUGCAAGACAUUCAGGAUGCAGAACGAUGAAACUGAAUAUUGCAUUUCUCUAAGACACAUUAAAAUUAACAUGAGGAAAAUAGCAGAAUAUAUAAAAAAACAACCCUCUAUAAAAUAAAAAGAUAAAUAGACAUUGGGGGAGCGGGAAAUUUAUUCUACCAUAUAGGCGAUCAGGCCCUCUUUCUUAGAUUCCAUUUUCUAGGUCCUGCGGUAUAUGUUUCUCUGUGACUUAAUGGGAGACUUCAGUGCAAGUAAAUUUACACAUGGCAAUUAGGAGAUAUAAAAUUUCCUCCUCCAAGAAUGAAGCUUGGUGGUUGAUGCUCUUAGAUGCAGCCCUGGCCAGCAGGAGUGAAACUAGCUCCCCUGGAGUGCUGCCAUGUCCUAAAAUCCUGGGAGCCACAGGAAAUCAGUCAUAAAGUGUUGGAGUAUUAGAAAGGUUUUGAUCUCCACUGAGUCAACCCUAAGAAAACUGAUUAUGUAAUUCUGUAAAACAUUCAUGAACUUUUAGGGCUGGGCACAUAGGUAAUCUUCACAAGUAACAUCACAUUUCACUAUUUCACUAGUAUGAGAUAAAAACCCAAUUAUCAAAUCCUCACAACCCAGAGGCACAAUUAAAAAAGAUUUACAGAGAAAUAAAAAGCGUUUGCAAAGGCGGCCUCCAAAUCUCCUCCCAAGUGGAUCGAGUACAAGGAGGGCAAAGAAUAACAUUUAAAGGACACCUUUUAUACAUUAUAUUCCUCAGAAACUCCCCCCCCCUUUCCUGCUCAUUCAUUUACAUCGUUUCUUUUGUCAUUCCAUAUUGUAAAGGGUCACCUUGACACUUUCUUGAGAGGCCCCUAUCUCUUAUUUGGUGUUUUUUUCUGGUGCCUUUCUGUACGUAGCCUUGGAAAAACAAAGUUUUAUCUUGUCCUGUUUACUUAACACAUUUUGUAGUUAGUAAAAACACAAUAAUGUAUUACACAUUUUAGACAAGAAUAUAACGACUUAUACAUUUAACAUUGUAAAAGAAUACAAAAGCAACCUUUUAACAUUUUAUAAAAGAGUAACUUAAUAUAAUUUCCUUCACUAGGCUCAGCUGCAAAGUCGGUUGCUAGAAGUAAAAAACGACUUGAUAGCAUUUAAUCAGUGGAAACUUGUUGCAAACACUUUAGGUAGAAAACUGGAGAAGGAUUUUUUUCUGCCUCCUAUCUGAAGAUGGUGCUCAAACAGGCAACACCUAUGCCUAAAAAGCGGAUAAUACCUGUGGUUGAGCUUAAAGGAGUUAAAACCAUCGAAUACUGUGUUGCUAGAAAGGUUGGAAAGCGACGGGAAGCGUAGAAGAAAGAAAGUCCAGUUGCCUUUUGAAAAAAGUACCUUUAAGACAGCUGAACUUCCUCUUCCGGAUCACUCAUGGGAGGAGAGUGGUGUGCAGAGCGGGUUUUUUGCUCUUCUCAUGAUCGAAGCAGCAGCUGGAAGAUGACCAGGAUGGCAAUAAGAGCACUCUGGACAACUGUAAAUAACAAUCAGUGGUGAAAAGGGAAGAAAAUCAAGGCAGAAAUCAAAAUAUUUUCCAUUUCCUGCAGAAAACCAUAUAAAUCUGCUCUUCCUCCAGCAGCUGACAAAAGAGAGAAAAUUGAGAAAGAAUAAGCAGAUUAUGCAGAACUCAAGGAUAAAUUGAAUGAGAGGUGAACGUAGAUUUUACAUCAUUCAGCAAAAGAGGGAUAUAUAUGGAAGUCUGUGGGGAGGAAGACAGACAGUAAUGCAGGCCUCUCUCUGUGAGGAAGAAGACAACUUAAAUGAAAGCACCACUAAACAAGACAUUGUCCAUAAUUUUGACCUCCUCAAGUAUAUCAGCUGUGGGAAAGCUCCAUAGAUUUGCCUAUUGUGGGAAAAGCACAGAUUGCAAAUCACAACUGAUUAUGUACUAGAGGGGCCAGAAAGGAGAAAAUCCAUACAAAUUAUCUGAAUGUGGCAAAACUAUGGUCACAACAGCUCCCUUGUGGUUCAUGGAAGUCUCACCACACAAGAGGGAAGUGCUCGCAAUGUAAAUGUUUUAGUGAGCAUGGCAACAUGGUGCUACAUCAGAUAACUCACAGGAGGGAGAAAACGUAUGACUGCAGAUUGUGAGAAAGUUACAUUAGAAAUUCUCAGGUCUUGAGACACUAAAGGAUGCACACACAGGAAUAAAACCAUUUGAACAUCCUUUCUGUGGGAAAAGUUUCAGUGAGAAUUCCACCCUGGUGAAGCACCCAAGGACUCCCACAAAAGUGAAACCCUUUGAAUGUCAUGAUUGUGGAAAAAUUUUUAGUCACAAUUUUAGUCUGGUGACACAUCAGUAGAUUGACUCCAGGGAGAAACUGUAUGAGUAUCCAGAUUGUGGGAAAAACAACAUUAGAAAUUCCCAUCUGAAGAGAUACCAGACAACUCACACAGAAGAAAAACCCUUUGAAUGUCCUGAUUAUGGGAAAGUCACAAUUCCAGGCUGUUGAUACAUCAGAAGAUUCACAUAGGAGAUAAAUGCUUUGAAUGUCCUGAUUGUUGGAAAACUUCUGUUAUGAUUCCAAUUUGUGAAACACUAGAGGAACCAUAAAGGAGAAAAACCCAUUCAAUGUUCUGACUGUGGGAGAGGUUUCAGUCAUAAUUCCCAUCUGGUAAUACAUCAGAGGAUUACUCCAUGGAGAAACUUUAUAAGUGUGGAGAUUGUGGGAAAAGUUUCAUUAGAAAUUCCCACCUCCUGAGACACAAGACCACACACACAGAAGAGAAACUCUUUGAAUGUCCGGACUGUGGGAAAAGCUUUAGUGAUAAUUCCAGCCUGGUGAAACACCAAAAGACUCACACAGGAGAGAACCCCUUUGAAUGUACUAUCUGUGGGAAAAGCUUUAGCAAAAAUUCCAAUCUUGUGACACACCAGAGGACUCACACAGGAGAAAACCCCUUUGAAUGUACUAUCUGUGGGAAAAGCUUUAGCAAAAAUUCCAAUCUGGUGAGACACCAGAGGACUCACACAGGAGAGAAACCCUUUGAAUGUCCUAUUUGUGGGAAAACCUUUAAUCAGAAUUCGAAUCUGGUGACACACCAGAGGACUCACACAGAAAAGAAACCCAUUGAAUGUCCUAUCUGUGAGAAAAGUUUUAUUAAAAAUUCCAAUCUGGUGACACACCAGAGGACUCACACAGGAGAGAAACCCUUCAAAUGCCCUGAUUGUGGGAAAGGUUUUAGUCUGGGUUCCAGCCUACGGACACACCAGAGGACUCACACAGGAGAGAAACCCUUUGAAUGUCCUAUCUGUGGAAAAAGCUUUAGUCAGAAUUCCAAUCUGGUGACACACCAGAGGACUCACACAGGGGAGAAACCCUUCAAAUGUCCUGAUUGUGGGAAAGGUUUUAGUCUGAGUUCCAACCUACGGACACACCAGAGGACUCACACAGGAGAGAAACCCUUUGAAUGUCCUAUCUGUGAGAAAUGUUUUAGUGAUAAUUACUGCCUGGUGACACACCAGAGGACUCACACAGGAGAGAAACCUUUUGAAUGUCCUAUCUGUGAGAAAAGCUUUAUUAAAAAUUCCAGUCUGGUGAGGCACCAGAGGACUCACACAGGAGAGAAACCCUUCAAAUGUCCUGAUUGUGGGAAAGGUUUUAGUCUGAGUUUCCUCUUACGGACACACCAGAGGACUCACACAGGAGAAAAACCCUUUGAAUGUCCUAUCUGUGGGAAAAGCUUUGGUCAGAAUUCCAAUCUGGUGAGACACCAGAGGACUCACACAGGGGAGAAACCCUUCAAAUGUCCUGAUUGUGGGAAAGGUUUCAGUCUGAGUUCCAGCCUACGGACACACCAAAGGACUCACACAGGAGAGAAACCUUUUGAAUGUCCUAUCUGUGAGAAAUGUUUUAGUGAUAAUUACUGCCUGGUGACACACCAGAGGACUCACACAGGAGAGAAACCCUUCAAAUGUCCUGAUUGUGGGAAAGGUUUUAGUCUGAGUUCCAACCUACGGACACACCAGAGGGCUCACACAGGAGAGAAACCCUUUGAAUGUCCUAUCUAUGAGAAAUGUUUUAGUAAUAAUUACUGCCUGGUGACACACCAGAGGAUUCACACAGGAGAGAAACCCUUUGAAUGUCCUGAUUGUGGGAAAGGUUUUAGUCUGAGUUCCAGCCUACGGACACACCAGAGGACUCACACAGGAGAGAAACCCUUUGAAUGUCCUAUCUGUGGGAAAAGCUUUAGUCAAAAUUCCAAUCUGGUGAGGCACCAGAGGACUCACACAGGAGAGAAACCCUUCAAAUGUCCUGAUUGUGGGAAAGGUUUUAGUCUGAGUUCCAGCCUACGGACACACCGGAGGACUCACACAGGAGAGAAACCCUUUGAAUGUCCUAUCUGUGAGAAAAGCUUUAUUAAAAAUUCCAAUCUGGUGACACACCAGAGGACUCACACAGGAGAGAAACCCUUUGAAUGUCCUAUUUGUGGGAAAACCUUUAGUCAGAAUUCCAAUCUGGUGACACACCAGAGGACUCACACAGGAGAGAAACCCUUUGAAUGUCCUAUUUGUGGGAAAACCUUUAGUUUCUGUGAUCAUUCCAGCCUGGUGAAACACCAGAGGACUCACACAGGUGAGAAACCAUUUGAAUGUCAUAUUUGUGGGAAAAGCUUUAGUCAGAAUUCCAAUCUGGUGACACACCAGAGGACUCACACAGGAGAGAAACCCUUUGAAUGUUCUGAUUGUGGGAGAGGUUUCAGUCAGAAUUCCAAUCUGGUGGCACACCAGAGGACUCACACUGUGGAGAAAUCUUUGAAUUGUCGAGUCUGCGGUCAUUACUUCCAGCAUAAAUCAUCCCUUAUUGCACACAAGGUAAUCCAUAUGAGGAAAGGUAGAUGAGUUUAAAGAAUGCUUGAAUUUCAUUUGUGAUCUCCCAGUAUACAUGAGAAAUUGAUUGUUUGAAUUUUGGCCUGAUUCAUUUUGCUCAAACAUUUUUCAUGAUUAAAUUUGUAAGUGGAGUGAAAAGGA